ACUACUAUAUUAGUUUGACAUCACGUAGAUUUGAUAGGAAGGAUUUAGAGUGCGCGGCACCGUUAUUCCGUUGCGGUUCUCUUCGUCUUUUUCGCUCCUCAUUAUCCAAGCUAUGAAUUCUCCGUUUUCUCAUUUCUUGUUCAUGUCUCUUCCAGUUUCCAAUCCAAUUUCAAAGUGAUUUUGUGGCAUUUUAAGUAGUCCCAUUUAAAAGUGAUCAGAAUUCAGACAUAUUUUUCAACGAUUUCUGAUUGUUGCAUCAAUGGUAGUCGAGGCUUUGGUUCCUCUGCUUGAGUAUGAUCGGCAAGGUACCAAUGAAGAUUAUUCAGCUUCAUUUGGCAAUGAAGCCAAGGAGCAAGGGAAUCAUAAAGUCCAUUGCUCCACCAAGGAUAACUUGCAGACUAGGGAAUUUUGGACUGAUGGGCUUAUUUGUGCUUUUGAGUUCAUCCGCGGGUCACGGAAGACUCAUCCCUCAGCAGCAGUUAAAGAAGUUGCCCAGAAGAAGGGUUUUCAAGGCAAUCAAAUUAAUCAUUUGAAAAGAAGUCCUAGUAGAAGUGGCUUUCAUGAAUUACCUUUGCCGGUCGACGAAUCAUCUGGAGGGUUAGAUCUCGAUGAUUUCGAUAGCAAUAACUGUUUUGGUAAAGAGGGUCUUCCAAGAAGUUACUGGAAACCAAUUGGUUGGGCCAGAGUUUCUGAACUUGUCCAAGCUGUGCAUAGUGAUGCUAGCUGGGCAUCACACCCACAUGAUUUCGCUGAUGAUGAAAGCGAUCUUCCGGUUGCAGAUGUAGCAACUCCUUACUGGGAAAGGCCAGUGGGUCCAAUCUGGUGGUGUCAUUUGGAUGCUUCUCAUCCAUAUGUUACUACAUGGCUUGCUAGUUCUCAGUGGUUACAUCCUGCUAUUAGCAUUGCUUUGCAUGAUGAAAGCAGGUUAAUAAGCGAUCGAAUGAAACACCUUUUUUAUGAGGUUCCUGUUCGAGUUGCUGGUGGAUUACUGUUUGAACUUCUAGGGCAGUCUGCAGGUGAUCCAUUUAUCGAGGAAGAUGACAUUCCCAUUGUAUUACGAGCAUGGCAGGCACAGAACUUUAUGGUGACAGUGUUGCAUGUUAAGGGAUCUGCAUCAAAUAUCAAUGUGUUAGGCAUUUUAGAAGUUCAGGAACUUCUGGCUGGUGGAGGAGCUAACAUUCCACGCAGCAUUCAUGAGGUUGUAGCACACCUAGCUUGUCGUCUUGCACGAUGGGAUGAUAGGUUGUUUCGUAAACACAUCUUUGGGGCUGCUGAUGAAAUUGAAUUGAUGUUUAUGAACAGGAGGAAUCAUGAGGAUUUGCAUCUGCUCACUAUAAUAUUGAACCAGGAAAUAAGAAGAUUAUCAACCCAGGUUAUAAGAGUGAAAUGGUCACUCCAUGCACGAGAGGAAAUUGUGUUUGAACUUCUUCAACAGUUGAGAGGAAAUGUAACAAGAUCAUUGCUGUCUGGAGUAAUGAAGGGUACAAGGCAAAUGAUUGACGAGCAAGAAGCAGUUCGAGGUCGCCUGUUCACAAUCCAAGAUGUAAUGCAAAGCGCGGUCCGUGCAUGGUUGCAGGACAGAAGCCUCACAGUUACACAUAACUUGGGAGUGUUUGGGGGCUGCGGUCUUGUCCUUUCCAUCGUUACCGGACUAUUUGGCAUAAAUGUGGAUGGAAUACCUGGAUCUGAAGCAACUCCUUAUGCGUUUGUUCUUUUCUCUGUUGUCUUAGUUGUGUUAGGAGCAGUGCUAAUUGGAAUUGGAUUGCUUUAUCUUGGGCUAAAAAAACCAAUCAUUGAAGAAAAUGUUGCAGGGAGAAAACUAGAGCUUCAAGAGUUGGUUAAGAUGUUCCAACACGAAGCAGAAACUCAUGCGCAAGUACGGAAAACGGUGCCUCAUAAAGAUGUUCCACAAGCUGCAUCAGUUAGGCCACCAAAUGGUGCAAGUCGUCGCUUCAUGUUUUCAAAAUUGUUCAAUCGAUAGAUGUUUGUAGUGCAGUUGUAUGGUUCUUCCUCGGCCUCUAAAUUUUACGGCUUAUACAUACGAUGUUUGGCUAUCUUUACUGGUUAUUAGGUAACGCCAGUUACUGUUGAGAUGUAAAAUUGAUUAUUCUAAAGACGAUUCGAGAAAGUGGUUUAUUAUCUCAUGAAAUUUUUGUUUGAGAAAUAAAUUUUCGCUUUGGUUA